AUGCAAUAUGGAGCCAUUCUUUUCGUAUCACAAAUUGAGCAGACCAUUUUCGAGGCCAAGGUCGACAAACUGAAAAGUCUUAAGCUGGCUCACAAGCUCUCCAACGAUUACUGUGAGCUUUUGGCGGAUGUGAACAACGUUCGGUCAAAUCUGGGACUCCUAAGUCUUGAAGACGGACGCUGUCCAGAGGCACUGGCUUUGGUUCAACCUUUGACCGCUACCCCAUUGCAGCUUUCCGCUUCUGGUGGCCCAGGUUGUCCGCCUAUUUCAGAGUGUCUUGAGUCUUUACCGGUCUCCUCUGCUAUCAACCAGGACCAUGUUGCAGUUUGGCUCUCUACAUUCCGUCGUGACGACCUCAGCUGGGCCAAGCAGUUUGCCACGGAGAUUGGCGAUUUGAACAGCAUACCUCUAAAUUUAUUUAAGCAGAAUUGGAGACAUGGUGCUGAUAACAAACAGGUAGCCUCAGUGAGCCUUUUUGACUCACCUAUACCAUAG